AUGAGUGUUUUAGAAGAAUUCAACUUUCCCUUUUGCGUGACAGCGCAUUCCUUCAACCAUGACAGAACCCAGGUGGCACUGUGCCCGAAUUCCAACGAGGUGCACAUUUACGCGCGCAACGGCACACAGUGGACGCAGACACACGUGCUGAAGGAACACUACCUGCUUGUAACAAGCAUAGACUGGGCACCGCAGACCAACCGAAUUGUAAGCUGCUCGCAGGACAAAAACGCAUACGUGUGGACACUGGACACAGCAACAUCAGUAUGGAAACCAGCACUCGUUCACCUGCGCAUCCAGCGCGCUGCAACGCAUGCCAGGUGGAGCCCACUGGAGAACAAGUUUGCGGUGGGUAGUGGUGACAAGUGCGUGGCCAUUUGCUAUUUCGACGAGGAGAAUAACUGGUGGCUGAGUAAGCAUAUCAAGAAGCCCAUUGCUAGCACUGUUUUAUGCGUUGAAUGGCAUCCGAACAACGUACUAGUUGCUUGUGGUGGCACGGAUAUGAAGGCGCGGGUGAUUUCGGCUUUCAUCAAGGGUGUCGAUCAAAAGCCCCCGCCGACUGCCUGGGGUGAGCGUUUGCCGUUCAACACCCUGUGUGGUGAGUUUGAGUCGCCGUCGGGCGGCUGGGUGCAUAGUUUGGGAUUCUCGCCAGAUGGCGAGUCUCUGGCCUUUGCGUCCCACGAUUCCAGCAUUACUGUGGCAUCGCCGGCAUCGGGCGAGGUUAUUUCGGUGCGUUCGCCCAACCUGCCAUUCAAGUCCCUCGUGUGGUCCGACCCAAGCACCAUUGUGGUUUCGGGCCAUGAUUGCUCGCCGAUGGUCUAUGCGUAUGACGGCGCAGCGUGGCGUUUGGUCGCGAAGCUUGGCGAGGACGAUCGCAACCGUCGGUCUGCCACUGCGUCUCCCAGUAACAGCAACAGCGCUUUCAACUUGUUCCGCCAGAUGGAUAGCCGUAGCCAGCCAGCAAAGACUAGCAGCAGCAAUGUCAUUGGCGAUGGGACGCUCAAGUCUGUGCACCAGAACACCAUCACUGAGCUCCGUCGUGAUCCUGCGGGCAACCCAGUUGAGGUCACUUCCAGCGGAUUAGACGGAAAACUCAUCCAGUGGAGAGUCCAGGGUUGA